AACCAACACCUGGCCACUGUGGCCUAUAAAUUGCAACAGCAAAGCUGAAAUCUCUCUCUCUCCCUUCCUUCCGUUGACACGGGUGGUGAAGUUUUGCCGUCUACAACCUUGACUGUGUAUCCUUCGUGACUUCUAUCCGGAAUACGGAACGAUGGCGCGUACGUCCGCGAAGAAACCGGCAGCCGGAAAGUCCGGAGGAACCAAGGCGAUGACCAAGGCUGGCAGGCCGCCCGGCAAGCCAUCCGGCCGGAGGAAGAGGAAAGAGAGCUUCGGUACCUACAUCUUCAAGGUGUUAAAACAGGUCCACCCCGAUACCGGUAUCUCGGCGCGAGCCAUGGGCAUCAUGAACUCCUUCGUCAACGAUCUCUUCGAGAGGGUAGCAUCCGAAGCCUCCCGCCUGGCGAACUACAACAAGCGCUCCACCAUCAGCAGCCGGGAGAUCCAGACCGCUGUGCGACUCCUGCUGCCGGGCGAGCUGGCCAAGCACGCCGUCAGCGAGGGCACCAAGGCCGUCACCAAGUACACCAGCAACACCGCCAAGUAAAAACGAUCGGCAACGGACUGUUUUAGCACUUUGAGAUGCAAAACUUUCGAGCGAUUUUGUACACAAUGUAAAUAAGAUUAAAGUGGACGAUAUUUUGUGUGCCGGAAACUAAAUCCAAAACUUGAGGGGAGUAACCAAAUUGGGAAAACCUAAAAUGUCUCAAAGCAGUGUCAGUGCUCACGAAUACGAGAACCAAUUGUUAGUUCAGUUUGUUUGCAAUGAUUUGUUUGAUGUGGUUGUGUGAAUAAAGUUACUUUUUUAUAGUAAAA